AUGGCUUUCUAUAAUUUUGUUCACCGAUACAUUUACAAAGCAUGGUUCAGUUUUUUACUUUCUUUCUUUCCUUCUUUCUGUUUACACAUAGAAGCAUGGAGCACGGUGCUGCCUACGGCGGGUGCUGGUGAUUACUGGCCGUGGGAAUACAAUAAAGCGCCAUCCGAAGCCUCUUUCAGAGGGACAGAGUACCUCACGAUAGACCUGAGCAAAGGAAGCCCGAUUCUGAGCACGCAGGAAUCCAUCAGCUUGCAAUUUAAAACGAGACAACCGAACGGGCUGCUGUUUUACUCCGGGGAAGGAGAUGAUUAUCUGACCGUGUCUCUGAGAGACGGAGGGGCAGCCGUGGGCAUGACGCUGGCCAAAGGAAGAUUAGAUCUGCACGUAAAGCCGGUACGAGUUCGGUUCGACGAUAAUCAGUGGCACAAGAUCAUCGUUCACAGGAAGGUCCAAGAGAUAUCCUCCAUCACCAGCUUCUGCAGGCUGUCCGCCAUCGUCGAUGGGAUUUACGCGGAACAUGGCCACACUGCGGGCUCGUUCACACAUUUGGCGAGCGAUCGACUGCUGGUGGGCGGAGGCGCCGACGCGAGAUCCCUGCAGGGCGCCAAGGGGAUCAACAACUUCGUCGGAUGCCUGAGGAAGGUCGAAUUCAUCGCGGAGGGGGUGAAAAUGGAGCUGAUCGAGGCUGCCAGGAGCGGAGCCGCGGGCGCGGCGGCCUGGGGCAAAAUGGAUUUCCACUGUCGGGAGCCCAGGUCCUCAGACCCGAUCACCUUCACCACGAGGGACUCUCAUCUCGUCCUGCCACCUUGGAAGGCGGCCAAGUCCGGCAGUAUAUCUUUCAAAAUCCGUACCAACGAAGCUAACGGAUUGAUCAUGUACAGCCGUAGCGGAGCUCACACCAGGGUAUGUGGAUUUCCUUUGAUAUAUUGGUCAUAUGUAUUUGCAUAUCGACCUCGGAAGCGGCCCUGUAAAGUGAAAUCGUCGAAACAACGAGUGGACGACAGCACGUGGCACGAAGUGGAACUUCAACGGAUCGAAAGAGAAGGACGUGUCACUGUCGACGGUUCGAUAGUCGAAUUCCGGACACCAGGUGAUUCCACACAACUGGACCUAGAUGGAUUGUUGUACAUCGGCGGUGUGGGGGCUCCAUUUGCACCCCUAACAGUUCCUCCGGUACUGUGGACAGGUGCCUUGAGACAGGGUUACGUCGGAUGCAUGAGGGAUCUUGUCAUAAACCGGCAACAAAUCGAUAUAGCUGGAUAUGCUCAACAGCAGGACUCGGGAGCUGUCAGGCCGGCUUGUCACUCUCAACCACCCCACUGUCCCUCGCAACCCUGCAUGCACGGCAGCUACUGUAUCGAGGGAUGGAACAGGUUUCACUGCGACUGCACAAGGACGCCAUUCACGGGGCCUACUUGUGGCAAAGACGCAUCGACGCUGCACCUGAACGGAACACAGCAGAUGACAGCGCUGAUGCCAGAGGACUCGAAGACCCAGACCGAGGAAAUAGCGAUCCGCUUCAAAACGUCCAGGCCACGUGGUCUGCUGCUGUCCACGAGUUUGGAGAACAGCCCGGAUCGGUUGCAAAUCUACCUGGAGGAAGGCAAAGCGAAGAUGCUGAUCCACAUCGGGGACAAGGAAAAGACAUUAAUCGCCGGACAAGGCUUGAACGACGACAUGUGGCACACAUUGAUGUUCUCCAGGAGAGCGGGUUCUUUGAAGUUCCAAAUCGACGAGAUUGUUGUACGGA